GCCUCAGGGCCCCUGCAUAAGGAUGACACGCACGUCACAGAGAACUUGGUGGGCCUAUGGCUCAAGAUUGGAAAACAAGCUGCUGCAUGGAGCGUCGUGGGUUAUGAGCCCAACAUGUCGCUUGUGCGCCGCCGAGACGCCUCCGUGCAGAGACGUGCUGCUAGCGCUGCGGCAGCAGCAAAAGCAGCGGAAGCAGCUGAUGACUUGAUGGAAAGCCUCUUGGAAGACAGCGCCAAGGAAAGGGGGUCAAAAAACCAAAGAGCCUUAGAAAGCGGACCACUUAGGGAGCAUGCCGGUGAAAGAGGUAGAGCUGAGGGUGGGAUGCUAGGGGACUUGGUAGGAAACCCGUUGACCUUAGGCAAUGUUGACCUUGAGGAUAGGCAUGCGGAUCUCAGUUGGGUUCUUCGAGACCUGUUGAUCCUUGGCUUCAUUGUGGACAAGGAGGCCAACCCUCAAAGGGAAGGGAAGGGCACGAGCACCAAAAAACCCAAGGGUGUUGAAUCCGAAAGCGGGUCAAUUUCCAAGAUUGAUACUGGGUUGACGGUACCACCAGGGUUGGAAGAGACCACCAAGGAAACUCAGGACUCAGGAACGGAUCCGGAAGAACGUGACCCAGCUGCUCCUUGGGAUGUUGUGGAUGCCUCUUGGGGGGAGGGUGAUGAAAAACCGAUGGCUGAUGAGAAUGAUGCUGAUGAAUAUGAACCAUCGAUUGCGGACGAUGAGGUCCCCGAAGGUAACAGUGGCGAAGCUGUUCCUAUGGGUCCUCCGGGUGCUUGUGAUGCAUCCGGGGCGGCGGAUUGGCAGAGCGCCUUGGCUUGGCACCAUGGACGUGUCACCAGAUCACUGGCUGCAUGGUUGGAAGUUGUUCCGAUGACCGAACAACUGGGAGCGCAGUGUGCCUUGCAACUUGGCUUACUGCAAGCUGAAAGGAGUGCCUUGGAAAACCAGCUUAGGGUGACUAAGGUGCGGAUGGCGACUGAGGUACCUGUGGACGACCACUUCAACUCCUUCAACCAAGUUGUGGACCUCAUGAAGGCCCUGGCGCGGGCGGCAGCUGAAACUGGCGGGCGGCUGCGGGCGGCUUGCUCGGUGAUGCUGACGGCGCUGACUUCGGCUUGGCGUUGGAUAGCUGCUGGACGUGCCGAGGCAGCUGGGACUGUAGUUGCCCUUGCUGAUCCUGCAAAGGUUGAGAAGAGGGGGGAGGAAGAAAUAAAAAGAGCCAAUGGCCUGAAAAAGAAAACUCAAGAAGCUAGGGAGAACGAACCAGCUCAAAAAAGGAAGGAGGAACCUCCGAGGGUGAAAGGUGCAGUGGAACGUGGUGGAAAGGCGCUUGAACUUGAAGGUAGAAAAAGGCCAGCUGUGUGGCCAACCUCACCUCAAGUGAACCACUGCCCGCAGGGCUGCCCAUCCAACCGGCCGCGACCUGUGCUGAAGGCCAUGGCGUCUACUGCGGCGGCUGCUGCUGCGAGGCCUUGGGAAGGUGGCCGUUUGAUUGCUCCGCCUACUGGCCCCAAGGAUCACUGGAGGGUGAUGGAGGAAGGCGGCGUGAUGUGGAUCUUGAAAUGCCAUGUCAAGCCACGCUGGCAGCCUUUCCACCCCUUGAAGGGUACUUUGCCCUGUGGUGCUGCUGCCGACCUGGAACUAUUGAGGGUGCAGGUUCGUUUUGGACCUACAGGGAACCGGAGUGUCUUAGAAGAUUCCUGGAUGGAUCCGGUCCUGAAGAACCGUGAAGAGAAAUGGACCAGCUAUACGCUGUUCCGAAUGAGGAGAGCACCAACAACGGCACCUACCGCUUCGGGGUCGAGGCUGGGCCCUCGAGCGGGCUACCUGGGGAACUACCAAGGAGAUGAAGGCGGCCACUCCGAUUUGGAAGUCAUGGUGGGCAGGCGAGUCCACAUCCAAGUCAACCGGUCCGCCGGGUCUGAGAGUGGGCCCCGCUUACACAACUAUGCCGAUGUGGGUGAAGCGUUGGGUAUGGGCCCCUAUGUCGGUAUGACUUCACCGACUCCAACCACCGAGUCCUCAAUGGUGCACGGCCCUGCUCGAAGCUUCGCCGCCGAAGACCAACCAGUGGUGAGCCGCAGAAGUGAGACAAGCAGCCGUUACGGAAGACCUCAAUCGAUCCAGGCUCGAGGACAAGCCGUGAUGCCAAGGAGUUUUCGACCUGGGGAAGACCAUGAUUGGGAGCUUGUGACUGAGGAUGAGGCCUCAGGGCCCCUGCAUAAGGAUGACACGCACGUCACAGAGAACUUGGUGGGCCUAUGGCUCAAGAUUGGAAAACAAGCUGCUGCAUGGA